AUGGGUCAUUUUCAAUUCUUCAAUUUGAUUGUAAUGUCAUAUGUGAUAGGAGAUUUCUUUACCGCAUACGCAAGUCCAGAACGUAGUAAGCAUGAUAAUAGUAUGCUUUGGUGUCGUACGUGUGGUGUUCACGUGGCCGAUAUCACUAAUUCGGUCAAUAUACUAAGCAAAGGAGCUAUAAAAGUAGAAACCAGGAAUAUAUUAGGAAAAAAUAUUACAGUACAAACACUGAUCAACCCAUACAAAUAUAUAUUUGAAGUUUUAACUACUCAUAGAGCGAGUUGUGAAGAUGAAGGGCCAAAUCAUCGAGCAGGUUCGUGGUUUCCUGGAUAUACCUGGCGAAUUUGUACAUGUCCUCAUUGCACUAAGCAACUUGGGUGGACAUUUGAAAAAGUAUUGACUAACGACGUUGAUGAUAAUAAUGACAGAGCACCAUUCCAUGCAUUGAUGUUGUCAGCUUUGCUCGCAAAAACCAACGAUUUUCAAAUAGCCGAGAUGACGACACCAUAUCAGAAGUCGUUAAAUUUGUCUAGCACAUUGCAACCAGCAAUCGUCCCCAGAGCCAGUGAUGAUAGUUUGAAACUAUCUACUACUAUCUACCAAGAUGAUACGAUCGAAAUAGUACCCUUAAAAGAUUCAAAACUUACUGUUGCUCCAGGCAAAAUAGUUGUGCUGAAAAGUUCGCGUAAUGUCACAGGCAUUUUCCAACUGGCGGUACAGCAGAUUCUCCGAUCAGGAGACACUGAUGUGACGCCGCCUACUUCUGUAGCUGGUCUUAUACCGAGAAUUGUGUCGUUUCCUACGCUGGAUAUGCCAACAAAGGAGAUUUAUUGUGAAUUUAUUUUGCAUUGUUUGUAUGGCAGCAACGAGAAUAACAUGGACUGCAAUGCUGUAGAUUCAGAACAAGUCGUAGUGUUGGGGGACGAACUUGGUUCCAUGGAUAUGCCUGGCGUGUAUGUACUUGUCCACGAUGUUCCGCACAACUUGGCUGGUCGUUCGAAAAAGAACUGGAUAAUGAAAACCAGGAAGAAGGCCACAUCGAUAGUAAUAAACGUUUCAUGUGCUAAUACUAAAACAUUUACUCGGAUUAACUGA